GACAGCUGGAGAUGCUACGAUCUUACGAUUGAGCUUCUACGAGCCAAGGAAAGGAUCGAAAGUGCGCGGCACAUCUCACGCCGCCUUAUUCUGAAUCGAGUGGAACAGCGUUUCGUGAAAGCAAUUAGCAAGCGGAUUUCCGAUCGUUGCAAGGAAAUGGUUGAUUAUCAGUCAGUUCAGCACAGGAAAUUGAAAAUGGGCAAUUUAGCAGUUGGUGUUGGUACCGACGAAAAUAUUCCCAGACAUACCAGACAGGUAUAUAAAACUUUAUUUUUCGCUGCUUGCAUGGAACAGAAAUUGAAAAUGGGCAAUUUAGCAGUUGGCGUUGGUACCGAUGAAAAUAUUCCCAGACAUACCAGACAGGUAUAUAAAACUUUAUUUUUCGCUGCUUGCAUGUAG